CAGAAGCAACUGGGGAGCGAGGGGACCCCUGAGAUAAUGUGCCCGGAAGCGCAGGGCUGGCGUCGGGGGCGGGGAUGGGCAGUUGACUGAGCGGAAGCCUGAGGAAGAAGCUGGGGGGCCGAGAGGCCGUGAACUGACUGCGUGGAGAAGCGGAAAGAAGUUUCGAGAAACGGACUGAGAGGCCAGGACCUUGAGAGAGAAGAGCUGGAAAGGGAGGAGUUGAUGGCAUGAGGCGGCCGGGUGCCACGCGAGAGAAGGAUGCUGGGGUGGGUGGGGGGCCUUGACCCCGGAAACAGCCUGCGAAUGGAGAGAAGAUGGACCCACGUCUAUGGAAAGGGAGGUUGAAAUAAUACUCGAAAAGUCGAAGUGGCUUCAUCCAGUGUUAUGAAGCCCAUUGGAGCCCAGAUGAAGAGCCCUUGCCUGCCUGAUUGGUUGGUUGGUUGGUUGGUUGGUUGAGACAGGGUCUCCCUGUAGCCCCAGCUGGCCUGGAACUUGACCACACUGACCUGGAUUUCAGAGAUCUGCCUCCUGAGAGCUGGGUUUAAAGGAUGAACCUGUGUCCAGUCCAGCGGUCAGGGCAGGAGUCAUGAUGUCCUGUGCAUCCGCAGCUCUGCAGGCUACUGCCAUCCAGUGUCCCCUGGGAGGAAAAGAGAGCUAGCUGUUUGAAGAGGGUGCUUCCUUCCUGCCACACUGGCUUCAUCCUGCUGACCCUGGGAGUUCAGUGACAGUAUUUGGCCCACACCUUCAGAAUUGAGACCAAUUUUUGGCAGCACUGUGAUUGGCACCAUGCCUCCUCCCAGUACCAGGGAGGGUAGGGAUGGCCGGGACCACCGGACCCCCAGGGAGGAGGAGGCCCCCAAGAGAUGGGACUGGAGUUGUGCAGACACUCGCUGCCUCUUCGAGGAUGUCUUCUUCCGAGAAGAGGAUUAUAUCCAUCGUGGUUCCGAGGAGUGUCAGAAGUUCUGGGCCUUCUUUGAGCGCCUGCAGAGAUUCCAGCACCACAAGGGCGCCAGGAAAGAGGAGAAAGCCCCUGGGCGCCCCUCACCCGCUGCCCCAGGCCUGGCUGACCUCCCUCACACUUACGACCCCCGCUACCGUAUCAACCUCUCCAUCGUUGGCCCGGGCCCUCGGGGCUGCCAGGGGUUGGGCAGGCGGCUGCCCCCCGAGAGAGUGUCAGAGUUCCGGCGGGCAAUGUUGCACUACCUGGACUUUGGGCAGAAGCAGGCGUUCGGGCGCCUGGCUAAACUGCAGCGCGAGCGGGCAGCGCUGCCCAUCGCCCAGUACGGGACCCGAAUCCUGCAGACACUCAGGGAGCACCAGGUGGUGGUGGUGGCCGGAGACACUGGCUGUGGCAAGUCCACUCAGGUGCCCCAGUACUUGCUGGCCGCAGGCUUCAGUCACGUGGCAUGCACGCAGCCCCGAAGAAUCGCCUGCAUCUCCCUGGCCAAGCGCGUAGGCUUCGAGAGCCUCAGUCAAUAUGGCUCCCAGGUUGGCUACCAGAUCCGCUUUGAAAGCACACGCUCUGCAGCCACCAGGAUCGUGUUCUUAACGGUGGGGUUGCUCCUGCGUCAGAUCCAGCGGGAGCCCAGCCUGCCCCAGUACGAGGUCCUGAUUGUGGAUGAGGUCCACGAGCGCCAUCUGCACAAUGACUUCCUGCUGGGAGUCCUGCGACGUCUGCUGCCCAAGCGGCCCGACCUCAAGGUCAUCCUCAUGUCGGCCACCAUCAACAUCUCGCUCUUCUCCAGCUACUUCAGCCAUGCCCCCGUGGUGCAGGUGCCUGGGCGGCUCUUUCCCAUCACGGUUGUAUACCAGCCGCAGGAGGCAGAGGCGACAACAUCCAAGUCAGAGAAGCUGGACCCACGGCCCUACCUGAGGGUGCUGGAGGCCAUUGAUAAUAAGUACCCUCCAGAGGAGCGGGGAGACCUGCUUGUCUUCCUCAGUGGUAUGGCGGAGAUCAGCGCCGUGUUGGAUGCUGCCCAAGCCUAUGCCAGCCUCACCCAGCGCUGGGUGGUGCUGCCCCUGCAUAGUGCCCUUUCUGUGGCUGACCAGGACAAGGUAUUCGAUGUGGCCCCCGCUGGAGUCCGGAAGUGUAUCCUCUCCACCAACAUUGCUGAGACCUCGGUCACCAUCGAUGGGAUCCGCUUCGUAGUGGAUUCUGGAAAGGUGAAGGAGAUGAGCUAUGACCCACAGGCCAAGCUGCAGCGGCUCCAGGAGUUCUGGAUCAGCCAAGCCAGUGCAGAACAGCGCAAGGGCCGCGCAGGCCGCACAGGCCCCGGGGUCUGCUACCGUCUCUAUGCCGAGUCUGACUACAAUGCCUUCGCUCCCUACCCUGUCCCAGAAAUUCGCAGGGUGGCCCUAGAUGCACUGGUGCUGCAGAUGAAGAGCAUGAGUGUGGGGGACCCCCGAACCUUCCCCUUCAUUGAGCCCCCGCCACCUGCCAGCCUGGAAACUGCCAUCCUUUACCUUCGAGACCAGGGGGCCCUGGACACCUCAGAGGCCCUCACCCCCAUCGGGUCCCUGCUGGCACAGCUGCCUGUGGACGUUGUGAUUGGGAAGAUGCUCAUCCUGGGCUCCAUGUUCAGUCUGGAGGAACCUGUGCUCACCAUUGCUGCUGCCCUCAGUGUCCAGUCACCCUUCACCCGUAGUGCCCAGAACAAUCUGGACUGCGCCACAGCCAGGCGGCCCCUGGAGAGUGACCAAGGAGACCCCUUCACACUCUUCAAUGUCUUUAAUGCUUGGGUGCAGGUGAAGUCUGAGAGGAGCAGGAACUCUCGCAAGUGGUGCCGCCACCGUGGUGUGGAGGAGCAUCGACUGUACGAGAUGGCUAACCUGAGGCGCCAGUUCAAGGAGCUGCUGGGGGAUCACGGGUUGCUGAGAGGGGCCCAGGCGGUGACCCCAGGAGACAGCUACAGUCGCCUCCAGCAGCGCCGCGAGCGCCAGGCCCUGCACCAGCUUAAGCGGCAGCAUGAGGAGGGCGGGGGCCGUAGACGCAAGGUGCUGCGGCUGCAGGAGGAUGGCUGCUCCAGUGACGAGGACCACGAGGGUUCAGCCUCCCGAGCAACUCAUGACAGUGUGGACAUCCAAGAUGUGAAGUUUAAGCUCCGCCACAACCUGGAGCAGCUUCAGGCGGCCGCCAGCUCUGCCCAGGACUUGACCCGAGACCAGCUGGCCCUGCUCAAGCUGGUGCUGGGCCGGGGCCUCUACCCCCAGCUGGCUGUGCCUGAUGCAUUCAACAGUGGCCGCAAGGACUCAGAUCAGAUUUUCCACACUCAGGCCAAGCAGGGCACCGUGCUGCAUCCCACCUGCGUCUUCGCCAACAACCCCGAGGUGUUACACACACAGCAGCAGGAGGCCUCGGGCCAUGAAGGAAGCCAAGAUGACAAGGACAAAAUGAGCUGCAAGCACCAGCUCCUGGCCUUUGUCUCUCUGCUGGAGACCAACAAGCCGUACCUGGUGAACUGCGUCCGCAUCCCGGCCCUGCAGUCCCUCCUGCUGUUCAGCCGGUCCCUUGACACCAAUGGUGACUGCUCCCGCCUAGUGGCUGACAGCUGGCUGGAGCUACAGCUCUUGGACAGUGAGAGUGCGGUUCGCCUCCUGGCGACAUCCUUGCGACUCCGUGCACAGUGGGAAAGUGCCCUGGACCGGCAGCUGGCCCACCAGGCCCAGCGACAGAGGCUAGAGGAGGAAGGAGAGGAGUCUCCAGCAGUCAGCCACCAGGAGGUGGCUGCCCUGAGCAGGGAGCUGCUGCAGUUCAUGGCAGCCAAGGUUCCCUACAGCAUACGGCGGCUCACUGGUCUGGAAGCCCAGAACCUCUAUAUGGGACCCCAGACUGUCACGACUGCCCCUAGUCUGCCUGGUCUCUUUGGAAACUGUGCCCUGUCUCCCCACCCCACCAAGGGGGGCUACAUAGUCACUGACUUUCUCACCUACAACUGCCUCACAAAUGACACUGACCUGUACAGUGACUGUCUGCGCUCCUUCUGGACCUGCCCGUACUGUGGCCUGCAUAUGCCAUUUACGCCUUUGGAGCGCAUCGCCCAUGAGAACACCUGCCCCGAGGCUCCACGGGACCAGGCUUCAGGGGUGGUGGAGGCCGUUCCAGCGCCACUGCAGAAGACCUCGGCCCUGCAGAGGCCCUACCACUGUGAGACUUGCGGGGAGGACUUCCUCUUCACACCCACUGAGGUGUUGCGGCACCGCAGGAAGCACUUGUGAGCCAAUGCUCCCAGGAGCACCUGGUGCAGACAGCGUGAAUGUGAAUAAAGUCAGUCUGCCUUUGAAGCCUCCCAGUGGGACAAGCCACAGCCUUGGUUUUC